AUGCCAGUCAUUGAAGAGAAGAGAAACGCCCUUGCAGCAUACAAGGCCAACCCCAGUGAACGAAACCUGCAAGUCCUUCGGUCAGCCCGCAGCAAAGUUCAGCAGUGUGCUAGGCGAUGUGCCAAUGACUACUGGCUCCAGCUCAGUUCGCAGAUACAGACCGCGGCUGACACAGGCAACAUGAAGGAGAUGUAUGAUGGCAUAAAACAGGCCCUGGGCCCAACAAAAAAGAAAACUGCACCCUUGAAAUCCACCACAGGAGAGGUAAUUCAGGACAGAUCAAAACAGAUGGACAGAUGGGUAGAACACUACUCCGAACUGUAUAGCAGAGAGAACACCGUUACGGAAGAUGCCCUGAACGCCAUCGAAUGCCUACCAGUGUUGGAGGAGCUAGACAGAGAACCAACCCUUGCAAAACUCAACGAGGCUCUAGACUCCCUUGCCCAUGGCAAGGCUCCAGGAAAAGACGGCAUCAGCGCUGAAGUCCUGAAAUGCUGCAAGGGGACCAUCAUCACCGAGCUGCAUGAAAUCCUCUGUCUCUGCUGGAAAGAAGGUGAAGUGCCUCAGGACAUGCGUGACGCCAACAUCGUUACCCUGCAACUUCAGGAAAAAUGCAGGGAGCAGCGGCAACCACUCUUUAUUGCCUUCAUAGAUCUCACGAAGGCCUUUGACUUGGUCAGCAGAGAUGGCCUGUUCAAGAUCCUGCCAAAGAUCGGUUGCCCACCAAGGCUCCUCAGCAUCAUCAGAUCAUUCCAUGAUGACAUGAAGGGGACAGUGGUCUUCGACGGCUCAACAUCGGACGCUUUCAUCAUCAGAAGCGGAGUGAAACAGGGCUGUGUACUUGCUCCAACCCUGUUCGGGAUCUUCUUUGCAGUCAUGUUAAAACACGCCUUUGGACCCACAACGGAAGGCAUUUACCUCCGGACCAGAUCGGAUGGAAAGCUCUUCAACCUCUCCAGACUCAGAGCAAAAUCCAAGGUUCAGCGAAAAUGUGUGCGCGACUUCCUCUUCGCAGAUGAUGCAGCAGUUACAGCCCACUCAGCUGAAGGCCUCCAGCAACUCAUGAUUCGUUUCAAUGAAGCUUGCGAUGAUUUCGGACUCACCAUCAGUCUGAAGAAGACACAGGUCAUGGGUCAAGACGUGGAUCAGCCACCCGACAUCAGAAUCGCUGAUCACCGGCUUGAUGUUGUCCAUGAUUUUGUGUACCUGGGUUCCACCAUCUCAGACUCUCUCUCUCUCGAUGCGGAGCUGAACAGACGGAUCGGUAAGGCAGCUACCACCAUGUCCCGACUUACCAAGAGAGUGUGGUCAAACAACAAGUUGUCCGAACACACAAAGAUCCAGGUCUACAGAGCCUGCGUCGUAAGCACACUCCUGUACGGCAGCGAGUCGUGGACCCUUCGAGCUCGCCAAGAACGAAAACUCAACUCGCUCCACAUGCGCUGCCUGCGACGUAUCCUGAACAUUACCUGGCAGGAUAAAAUCACAAACAACACUGUCCUGGAGAGAGCUGGGAUGACCAGCAUGUUCACUUUGCUCAAGCAGAGACGCAUGCGCUGGCUUGGCCAUGUUGUCCGCAUGGACGAUGGUCGGAUCCCCAAAGACCUCCUUUAUGGAGAGCUGACGGAGGGGACACGCCCAACUGGCAGGCCAAAACUGCGAUACAAGGACGUAUGCAAGAGGGACCUGAAAGCCCUACACAUCAACACCGACUCAUGGGAAGCAACAGCCUCAGAGCGAUCCGCCUGGCGGCAAGCAAUUCAACAAGGCCUCCAUGUGUUUGAAGAGACACUCGCCCAGCAGUCUGAGGCAAAGAGACAAAGAAGAAAGGCCCAAAACCCGGCAGACCAACCAGUCUCUAUCUUCACCUGUGAUCAGUGUGGGAGGGAUUGCCACUCUCGUAUUGGCCUGUCCAGCCACACCCGACGCUGUACCUGA